GACUCACUGUUCAGAGGGCUAAUUGUGGCUGACUGGUAAACCGAAGAAAGCAGGAGCGCCAAAUGAAAAAUGCAUUAAAUGCAACCGCAAAAUAGAGCAAAAAGUAAAACCAAUCAAGCGACAAAAAAAGGGGAAAAACAGAAGUAAAACAGAGGAAAUUGCACAUACUGAGCGCAGAACAAAACAAAAGGAUGACAAAACCAGUUAGCGAAUGUAAAAAUUGAUUUCUGCGGUCUGGAUAGAGCGGAUAUUGCUUAUAUAUGACCGUAAAUCGCUGGCGAAGGGCGAAUCGCAGCGACAUAAACAUUAACCGAUUUAUAAAUAAACAAAUACAUAUGCAAAAUGCAGAAGCCAGCGCUCAAACUACGAAGACUCUUCAUCAUUACCGCUGUUUACAUAGCCAGUUUGCCAGGUCUCACUGUGGGGCUGCGCAAUGUCAACGUUCGCAUCCCGUCCGCCGUUAAGCGCGGCGAUAAUGCGCUCUUAAUCUGCAAUUAUGACAUCGAGAACGACACGCUCUACACGGUGAAGUGGUAUCGCGGCAGGCGGGAGUUCUACCGCUACACGCCAAAGGAGAAUCCGGCCUGGAAGAUAUUCACCAAAACGAACGAAAUCGAUGUCGAGACCACCCAAUCGAAUGCCAGUCAUGUCCUGUUGCGAAAUGUUCCCACCUCGAUUUCGGGAAAGUUUGCCUGCGAAGUGUCCGCGGAUGCACCCACCUUCGACACUUCCAUCGUGGCCGCCGACAUGGAGGUGGUGGAAUUGCCCACCCAACGACCCAUAAUUACCGGCAUCCAUUCGAGGUAUCGUCUGGGGGACGUUGUGAAUGGCAACUGCUCAUCGGAUUACUCCAAGCCGGCGGCGAAUCUCACCUGGUGGAUCAAUGACAUUCAGGUGCCACCCAAUUACCUCCGCGUCUACGACAUUCAGCGCCAUUUGGCCGAGCACCUGGAGUCGUCGGUUCUGGAGAUCAAUUUCGUGGUGACAGUGCAUCACUUCAUCAAGGGUCGCUUGAAGUUAAAGUGCUCGGCUCGAAUACACGAAAUCUACGCGCAGGAGAGCGAAAAACUAAUUGAGGAGGAUCGUCCCAGGAUUCUGGCCUCGGGCAGAUCCCCAGACAUGAAUAUGUAUCCUUUUGAUCAGCCCGGAGAUGUGGAUGAGCAUAACGAACUUUUCUUGAUACACUCAAAUGCCGCUGCCGGACCAUUCGCAUGGAAUCCCAUCCUGUUUUCACUACUGUGGCCAAGUGUCUGGGCUUUGGGGAACCUGUUGGAAGUGCGGUAUUUCGGUAGAGUGGAGCGGUGAUAAGAUUGCCACUGGCAGGAGAGAUGGACUUCAGGCGGGACUUGAGACUGGAGAGGAAGGAGCUCGCCCGCUCGGGCUCGGCAAUUAUGGAACCCAUAUUAUAGCGAAUCGAAUAGCAAAUCAACAGUGACGGGGUCCUCAGCAUACCGAAUAUACCUACUCACAUAUACCUAUACCUAUGUUAAGUACGUAACUGUAAAGACAAAUGCAUUUCCAAAGACAAAGACCCGUACUCCUCUAUCCCUAAGUCAAGUGUAAAUAGGCAUCGCAUACUCACCACGAAUAUAUAUACCUAAAUUUAUACAUACAUACCUACAUAUAUGUCUACUCUCUAAGCAGGAUUCUAAAUGUUUGCUUUCGUUGGGUUUUGUCGAGGAUUUAUUGUUAAGAUUGUGGUUUCUAGGCGGAUUCAAUGUUCUGUUCGUCUGUGUCUGAUUGAAAAACUGUACAACUAAAAUGUUUAGCUAUAGCGUUAACCUUAGUGUGUGACCCUAAGUUAAAAGUGUGCGUAAGAAAUAUUGAUGGCAGCCAAAUAAAGAUGGUUUUAUUUGAUCACUUA